UCAAGCGCAUUUGUCCAGUUCAAUUAACCAAUUUUUAACAUUUCGCCAAAGAGACACGAGUGACAUUCGGAUAUCGAUAUAUCGUUCGAUGUGAAAAUGUCGCAGACCUAAAUUUAGCCUGUCGUACAUAGUUAAAUUUGAGAGAACUGUUUUCGGCAUGAAAAUGACUACGCACUUUGGUGAAACGUAAUAGAAUGGCGAUAUAGAACAGUAGCGCUGCUACAAAACAUAGCAAAUUUUUCUAGCAAAUUCAUCCGCGAAAUAUUCGUACAAAAGUCUCUCUCCGUGUACAGCGCGUCCGGGUGUUCGCUAGCGAAGGUUGUCGCGGCUCGGCGAAUUUUGAAAGUUAACGCAUUUUUCCGCAGUACAGAGUUGCAGGUUUGUUGGAUCAUUGCGCGAUUUUGCCUGGACGCAGAACUGCAAAGUCGUCUUCUAACCACGAAUAACGAAAGUUUUCAGUUAUAAAAAGAUGACGCCUUCGCGAACUAUUUUCAAGCGUUUUUAUAAAAAAAACUCGUCGUCACAGUGUGCACCGCUUCGCUCGAAUGGAAUUCGCUCGAUUGGAAGCGCUUUCGAAAACGCGCUUUUUCAAACGCCUCAUCGUCGCGCCCUUUGCGUGGCCUCUUCGAGCCCUCGCGCGUCGUCGCUUUUCAUCACGCUAAUUCUUCCUCGGCGAUGAAGCAAGCAUAUAAGAAAAGGUACGCGCGACGCACGCCCAGGCUGGUCGCGCUUCGCGGUAUCCAAUAGCAACGUUCGCCCUUAAGCGAACAACGCGCGGCAACCCCCCGUUCGAUGAUUAGCUACUGGCGCGAAUAGUGACCAGUGCCCGUCCCGAUUCCGGGCACGCCUGAUACCGUGCGAGGCAGUACCACGGGGCUGCUUUUUCGUGGCUGCCCGGGGGUUUUCUCGCGGGGCCGAUUUGCAGAGGAGGCGAUCGAACGCUUUGAUAAAAAGGAGGCGUAAUUAUUUCGGAGAUGGCUCGCUCUCUUUCGCGCGGGGUCAGACGUUCGAAGGAUUUUUGGCGAGUGCGGGAGACGAUUUGGAAAUGAAAUUAUCACCGAAGACAGUGGAGAAGACCGAAGUUUCGUUUUCAGCAAAAGUCCCGAGGACCUUUCGUGGCGCGAAGAAUCCGCUGCCGUACGAAAAAUACGAUGCGGUGCUAGUUCGGCGGAUAUCGUCGCGUCGCGACGGUGGGUAUGGACGCGAGGACACCGCCGAUCCCAUCUAAAAAUCCGGAGAGAGAGCGAGAAUCUCGGAGGGAGCGGGGCAAGAGCCCGGAGCCUGUAAGCCUGCCGCCGUUGACGCCCUUUUUACCAUCGAAAUCCAACGGGUAUCCGCAUCAGCGACAAUACCAAAGUUCCAGGCAGCUCGUUCCGCCCGGGGCCUCGUGCUGGACGGGCGGAGUACCCCGGGUUUCGAGGGACCGAGAAAAUCGGACAACGAGACCGUACAGGGUUCUCGAGAUCGGAGCGACGCCGCUGAUGCACGCUUGUCAACAGGGCGACAGAUCUCGAGUUGUUAAGCUUCUGAAGGAACAGCCGGAAACCCUCGGCUACAGGGAUCGAACGUUGCGCAGCGCUCUUCAUUAUUGCAUGGACGCCGGUACCGGCGGGGCGCUCGCUGUCACAGCCCCGGAGCUCGUCAACGCUCCGGAUGCUGAGGGACACACGCCGCUUCAUCUCGCCGUUAUCGCUGGGGACGCUCGUCUCGUCGCCGUCCUACUGGCCAACGGCGCCAACGUCAAUGCCAAGGAUUCUGAGGGACACGGGGUUCUCCACUGGGCCACCGUUUGCGGCGAGGCGGAAUGCGUGAGGCUCGUCCUGGCCGCGGGAGCUCGUCCCUCGAGCCCCGAUUUCCGAGGUGGUUCGCCGUUGCACUACGCGGCUCAGUGCUGCGGCGCGGCCUGCACCACCCGACUCUCCGUUCCGACCAAACUUGGCCUCGAAAUACUUCGGACUCUCCUCGAAUUCGGUGCCGACGUCAAUGCUCGGGACGAAGAUGGACGACAACCGAUUCUCUGGGCCGCGAGCGCCGGGAGCGUUGAGGCUGUUCUCGCUCUCGCAAGAGCCGGAGGUUCGGCCGCUGCAGGGGCGACUGACAAGGACGGGUUGACAGCUUUGCAUUGCGCGGCCUCUCGAGGUCACGCUCGUUGCGUCGAAGCUCUCGUAAAUCUUUGCGGUUGUGAUCCCGAUCACGUCGACGACAACGGUUGCUCGGCUCUUCACUACGCGGCCACCCUCGGGCACGCGGACGCGACCGCUCUCCUCCUCAGGCUCGGUGCCGACCCGAACCGUCGAGAUCGAAAAGGUCGAACACCGGCGCUGUGCGCAGCGGCGAAGGGUCGGCUCGAGACGCUCAAAAUCCUUGCCCAGCAUGGCGGCUCCCUCCAGGCUCGUACCGUCCGAGGCACCGGUCUCGCCCACGAGGCCGUUCUCUCCGGAUGCACCGAUCUCAUCGAGUGGCUCGCCAAAAAACGACCGAGCGUUCUCGACCUCACCACUCAGGACGGUAAGACACCGCUCCACGUCGCCGCUCUUCACGGCUCUCUCGACGUGUGCAAAGUUCUACUCGAUCACGGAGCGAGAGUCAACGCCGUUUUGCGCACGAGUAAAAACGGCCCCAUGACGCCCCUCGACGCUGCGCUCUAUCGCGGGCAUCGCGACUGUGCCAAACUCAUUCAGAUGCACGGUGGAACGACCGCUCGGCGACUUGGAACCCGCAACGAAACUUCACCCAUUCGAGGGUUCGCCGCUCAAUUGAGCGUGAAGCGCGAGGACUCGAGCACCGAAGAGACGAGCGGUGGUUCGGGUCGUCGGCACCAGGCUUUCGAGACAUAUAUUAUUUCUCCGGACGGAGAGCGGACGGUCGAACAGAGACGUCGGCGAGAGCGCGAGGCUGAGGCUGUCGGCGGGGAAGCAGGAGCGUCGCGAACGACACUCGAGAAUCGUCGGGACAGCGGGAGUUUCAGCGAGGAGGAAAUCACGGUCGGGGAGUCGUCCAGACGGUGCUGUAGACGGCGACGUCAUCACUGUUGCCAUCGUCGUCGCCGGCGACGUCCUCGGCGUGCCGAUCUGCACGAGGCCCGCGCCGAUUGUGACAGACGAGCAAAGAGCGAAUCGUCGAGGUACGAGGACAAGAAGAAACGGGAGUACGGUGAGUCCUGGAGCGAUGCGAACGAGUAUUCGAGCGAGGAGGAGAGAAAGGAGAAAGGAGAGAAGGAGAGAAAAGCUGCUCGGUCGAGAGUACCGGGCGACGGAAACACCAAGUCGAAGGAUGGAAGGGGCGAGCUCACGGACGACGGGACGGAUACCGAAGACGAGAGCGUCAGCGACGACAGUCUCGAGGUGGUCGUGGUUGUGAAAAAAUCGUUAGAAAAAACGUCCGAAAAGAUUCAGAUAACGGGAAACAAGUCGAAAACCCCUCGGGAAACUUCGAAAGAGACGAGAGUUAGAGAGGAGACGAGACGGUCCAGAAGAAGACGAAGAUCGAGGGGACGAGGUCGAGGGGAAAGCGUCGAGCGAAUCGGAGCUGAAGCUGGCCCGGAAAGAGGGCCUACGGGGGAGAGAAUCGUCGAGAACGAGAAUGAGGAAGAAGACCGGAAACUCGGGGAAGACGCUACUGACUCGACGAGCCCGGAAACGGUCGAGAGGGUUACCGUUACCGCGCUCGUUCACAAGGACGAAGCACCCGACACGCCUGAGGAACACGAAGGGCGUGUAGCCACUCCGGCAACAUCGGUACAAGCUGAUAGAGAAGAAGAAGAGACCCAUCGGGCUUCGGGGACAGAAAUUGAAGAAGCGAAGAACGCAGAGACUUUGGAGCGUUUGGAAAGCGGUUCUGGGGCCGAAGAGUUUGCGAGUCCUGGAACACCGAGUCCGAGGAUCGCUCAGGAAAACGUUGUCGAACAAGCUGGCAACGGAGCCGCUCAGUCCACAACGGAGACGACGACGACGACGACGACGACGACGACGACGUCGACGUCGACGUCCAGUCCAAGCAGGAGUGAGAAGGAAAAGAUUGAAAAGAUAGAAGAGGAUGAGUCUGGAAGUAACGGUCGUUCGAGCCCCAGCAACGAGGCAAGUGUCCUCCAAGUCGUGAAGCAACACGAAGAAAUGCCAGCUCGUCUCGAAGCGAAUGACAGCAUCGUCGUAGCGCCUGAAGAAACAGAAACGUCGAACCUCGAUCAAGCAGAAUCAGCUGGUGUAAACGGUGAAAAUUUGACGGAUGAUCGUGAAGAAAUAGCUGAUAACGAUAUCGACGAAAGAAGGGAGAGCGAAAGCGCGUACGAAUCGACCGACGCUAAAUUGCCUUCGACAGGGUCGAACUCGGGGAAAUCUUCGCGAAGCGAGACUCGUUCGCGGCCAUCAACGGGCAAGAAAACGAGCAGCGGCGAGGCUCCGACCGACGGAAGCGCCAUCGUCGCCGUUAUCGAAAGUCCCGAGUGGGACGACGAGGAGAUUGAGAAAGAAAUAAUCCAGGCUUCGACCACGGGAGCAGAGGAGAGUGCCCAUGGAGAAACGGAUCCCGACGAUUCUCCCAGAGUUUUCCGCGUUCUCCGGAGCCCCUCGGAGAACCGAGAGGAGGAAGAGAGACCCGGGGGCUUAUCGUCGUCGAGAAAAUCAGCCGGAACGAUUAAAAGCAAAGAUUCGAUGUCCCAGCCUCUGCAGACGUCAGCCCAAAGGCGAGUGGCAUCUCGAGGACAAAGCGGGGGCAGCGCGGACAGCGAGGUCCGCGGAGCUCGCGGAAAACAGCGCAGGGACAGCGCUGGUCGAGACAGCGGCAUCGAACCGAGCCCUCGCGUCUCCAAAAUCCCUACCAGAACCACGAAACCUCGAUAUUGCCCCAACACCGACAAACAACGAGCCCUCAACAUGGAAACUAUCACCAGGGACGUUCAAAUCAGUCUUAGACGUUAUCACCUCGAAAGGAAAAUUUUCUUCCAACUGAUGGAGCUCAAGAGACUUCAAAUACGACACGGAAGAGCCAACGAACACGUUCUGGUUAAACGUCAGGUGGAAUCGUUCCACAGAGCCGGCAUGUCGGGUCCGGCCCUCGGAGUCGCCAAAUAUGAUCAAGCUCUCACGUUCAGAGACUUCGAGGCUUUUUUGUACGAACAACUGAGGCGACUCCAGCGUCGUCCAGCGACGCCAGACUUUUGCACCGAGGCAAAGCAGUGCACUCGGAAGACUCACCGCUGUCACCAUGCAACGAGCGCGUACACUUCGCUCCCAAUUUACACUUAUCUGGGUGGAGGAGGUGGUGCUCAAGAUCGGGAGGAGGCUCUUCUUCCGAGGAUUGAGAAUCGGGGAAGGGGUCGGAUGACGGUUAAAGUGACGAGGGGAGAAGAAAAACGUGUGAUCGCCCUCCCCACGGAAAAGUUGGACCGUACGAAGCGCUAUUUCGUGACGUUCACGGUGAGCAGAGGUGAGCGCGAAAACGGGCAGACGUUGUCGUCGUCGUCGUCGUCGUCCUCCGUAUCUUUGGAAGGCACGACGAAGCCGUCGCGGCGAAGCACUCAGAGGAACGCCAAGAGCGUUUGAAUCUUCGUAUCUCCGCGAUAUUUCACUGAUGGUUCGUCGGUAAAUUAUAGAAAAAGAAGAAAAAAAAAGAACAACUGCCCAAAAGCAUUUUCGUCCUCCGUGUCGAGCGACCUUCGACACUCAGCCACGCAGCAGAGCCAGAAAUAAAUGAUUCUAGUUUCGAGGCUUUCACGACCAACAGCGUAACGAAAGUUUGGUAACGGUAAUACCGGAAGCUGAAAAGCUUUGACAAGAAAAACUGGAUAUUUUCUAUCUCCGAACGAGGACCAUUUUGCUGCUUGCACGUACAAAUAUGAGGAGGGAAAUCUUUUUUAGAAAUUACUCCGUCCCCCCAAAACAUUCCAUCGUCUCUCCGUCAUUUUUCCCUACUAAAAUUCGUUUCGGAGUAAAGCAAUUUUUAAGUACUGCUCCAAAAAUCUUUCAGGUCAGACGUGAGCAUGUUUUUCGUUGAAACUUAUUCACACGAGUAAUGAAACGAUGCUGCCACUGUGAUUUUUGAAGAAGCUUUCUCUCCGUCACGUCUCGUCCACUUCAUUUGUCUUUUAUGUGUACCAACGAACAAGCUAUCACAUUCAUGGAUAGUCAUCGAUAAAAAAUAUAUAUAAAUAUAUACAUAUAGACUGUAACAUAUUUGAGAACGUUAAUAAAUAUUCUGGCAUGAUCGAGA